CGCUUGUUCCCACCCACCUGGGACACAUCCUGCUUUCCCACUGUCAAUGGGGCCGAGGAGCCGGCACGCGCGGGACUCGGGCGAGGGCCAAUCACCGCUGCGCUACCACAGGCGGCUGUGCCCGGCGGGCCAAUAGACGGGGGCGUUACUUGGCGCAGGCUGGGGUGGCGGCCUGACGCGUGCCGGGGCCGCUGCUGCGGCGUGGCAGGGCAGCUCCGUACGGCGCGCUUGGCAUGGCGCCCGGGGCGGCGGCGGGGCUUUAAACCGCGCUCUACCCCGGCUGCAGCCGACGUCGCUCCGUGGCUCCCCGCGGCGGGCAGGGGAAGGCACGGGCGCUGUCUUGAAGGCAGUGACACACGCGCGCCCCGCCUGGCUCCAGCGGUCGGGUGGGCGGGGCAGGUCCGCAGGAGGGGCGGGUUUGGUCCCCGGCUCCGGCCCUCACUCAGACUCUGGACUCCCCGCGCCGCCCAAGUCCGCGCACUCUGCAGAGCUUUAACGCGACAGCCCUUUUCUCAGCGCUUUCCCGGCGGGGAGAACCGGCCCGGCCGGCACUGCUGGGCCGCCCCGUCUCGGCCCGGAGCUCCCGCGGGUGUCCGGGCCCGCCCGGAAGGGGCGGCGGCCCCGGUGAUGGCGGACGAGGCGCUGUUCUUGCUGCUGCACAGCGAGAUGGUGGCGGGGCUGUACCGCGCCGCCGAGCACGGCGAAGGGGUGAGUGGGGCCGGGGCCGCCCCGGGCCCUCCGGCAGCGGCCGGGGCUGACGCUGCGGCCGCGGCGCCUUGUGUCUUGCAGGAGAACGGGCGCUGCACCACCAAGCUGGAGAGCAUGGGCUUCCGCGUCGGCCAGGGGCUCAUCGAGAGGUUUACAAAAGACACUGCCAGGUUCAAGGAUGAAUUAGACAUUAUGAAGUUCAUUUGCAAAGAUUUUUGGACAACGGUAUUCAAAAAACAAAUAGAUAACCUAAGGACUAAUCACCAGGGUAUUUAUGUCCUUCAAGACAAUAAAUUUCGUCUCUUGACACAAAUGUCUGCAGGAAAGCAGUAUUUAGAACAUGCACCAAAGUAUUUAGCAUUCACCUGUGGAUUAAUCAGAGGAGGCCUAUCAAAUCUGGGAAUAAAGAGUAUUGUAACAGCUGAAGUUUCAUCAAUGCCUGCAUGUAAAUUUCAGGUCAUGAUACAGAAGAUGUAGAGCACAUUAAAAUCUGGGUAUCUGCUUUAAAAAGCCUUUGUAUGUGGAUUCAGUAUCUUUACUCAGUCUUGUAUAUAAUAUGUAAAUUAUAGCAGUGUGCAGCACAAUUCCAAAAUAUAUAAUAAAUGCUCAUCAAAAUAACUUAAUAUUA